UGCUUCUAUUCUACUCUCUUUUGGCAACUGCAAAUAUAUAAAACAGAGAAAACCAUCAUCAUAUAUAAAAACCUCCAUAGAUUUUUCUCUGCCCAUAAACACAAAAAACCUUUCAAAAUGGCAGAGAAUAACACUAUGGAAUCUGUCAGGAAAUGGGUUGUCGAACACAAACUUCGAACAGUUGGGUGUUUGUGGCUUAGUGGAAUUGCGGGUUCAAUUGCUUACAAUUGGUCUCAACCUCAUAUGAAAACUAGCGUUAAGAUCAUUCAUGCCAGGCUGCACGCACAGGCGCUCACACUUGCUGCAUUAGCUGGGGCUGCAGUUGUCGAGUACUAUGACCAUAGCUCAGGAGCUAAAGCAGAACGUGUUGCCAAGUUCCUCCAACCGCAAGCCCAUUCUCACAAGGAAUGAAUCACUAAUUCAAUGAAUAAAAACCAAACUGAUUAGGCACAGCUUUGUAUGGAAAAGUUUUACUAUAUCAAAUUUUUAGUACUGGGUUUCCUCCUUAGGAUAUGUGAUUAAUGUGGGCAUGCUGCUACGCCAGCACGAGUCCCUUUUCUGAAGGGCUAAUGAACUUUGUGGCUAUAAUUGUAGCUUUCUUGGCUAAGAUCAGACAUCAUUCCCAAUUCAUUUUGAUUUUUGUGUGGUUUA